UUGGCGCAUCGCAUCAUUGCAUUAAUCAGCAUCAUUUUUCGUUGAUUCAUCUACGGAGUACAAUCUUUCGCAAUCUCGCGUCUUAACCUACCAUCUAAUUUUACCACCUCUCUCUUCAGUCAAUUCCUCCCAUCAACCACUCAAAACAACCUUUCCAUCAUGUCGUGGCUCGUCGGUUCCAGCAGUUCUACUGAGAAAACCCCCGAACCUACCCCAGCACCUGCCGAGAAGCCAAAACCCUGCUGCGUCUGCAAAACCGAAAAGACCGCCCGUGACGACUGCAUGCUCUUCUCGAAAUCCGACGAUCCCCAGCAAGAAUGCAAGUCCAUGAUUGAACAGUACAAGGCCUGUAUGGCUGGAUACGGAUUCAAGGUCUAGGCUAUUCGCUGCCAGGAACGGGAUCAAGUGCACGCAGCUUGGUUUUCACUGCAUGGUGUUUUGGGAUUCGGGUUUACGCAUAGACUGUAUAUUAGAUGUGUAUUGCUGUAAUGGUUGAUGGGAACUCUCCUUUCAUGUGAGAUAAAUUAGAAUGUAAAAUAUGACUCUUGAUCAAACCUGUGAGGGGAUUGACA